UCCAGCCUUCUUGUUCACUAGCUAGCUUGCUUGCUUCCUCGUUAUUUCUCUGAUGAAAACUGACCUCAUAGUGCUUGAGUUUCUAUAGUUUCUGCAGCUAUGAACACUUGCUCACUUCCAAUCCACAGAUCUUUCCUUCUCAUCAUGGUCUUUUUGAUGCUGCUCUCCAUUGCUCGGAGUCUUAGGAUGAUUCCAAGUCAAAAUGAGCUGGUCAGCUUGCAAGAACAGAAACCUGCAAAUGCAGAUAAGAAGGAAGAGUUGGGAAUGGAGCUUUAUCCGACAGGAUCGACCUUACCAGAUUGCUCGCAUGCAUGUGGGCCAUGUUUUCCUUGCAAGAGGGUCAUGGUGAGCUUCAAGUGCUCCUCCGCAGAGUCUUGCCCUAUAGUUUACAGGUGUGUCUGCAGAGGCAAAUACUACCAUGUACCCUCCAAUUGAUCUUUCAAGCCCUUUUUUUUUUUUUUGGGUUCUGGGUUUCUUUAUUCCUGCCAAGCCCAGGAUUCUUUUUUUUUUUGUUUGUUAUUAACUCUGAGAUUUUAGCAUUUUGAUACCAUUUGGAUUUCUGUUAUGAUCUUGAAGAAGAGUGGGUAGUUAUUAGGAGAUUAUCUUUAAGAGUUCGUAUAGCAUAGUGGGUUCUUUACCUCUUCCAUAUUAUAAUUGGAUUUUGACAGUCCCAUUUUGGACUA